UAUCGAUCACCAGUAUACGUCUAUACGAUGAGUCGCCUCAACUCGACAAAACUAAUCGAAAAGGUGAAGAAACAGCUGUAGAUUUUGGAGUAAAUAGAGGAUUAAACACACCUACCGAACGGUAUUUUGUUAUGACAAUUGCUAAUCUUGUUUUGAACAUUUUUUUUUUUCCUUUCACACCCGAAAUUAUCAAAUUUUGCAUUAAGUAAUAUUUUUUUACUGAAGAACUCACAAUUACAUGGUAUUUUGUAACACAUUCUAUUAACUGAUUUCACAUGUCAAUGCAGAAAUUAUUCAUGAGGUAUUUUUAGUAACAACAUUUAAUCGAAAUAAUUAUACAAGUUUAUUUUACAAUCAACAGAAAUGGACGAACAACAGGCAGAUGAGAUUUUGGCUCUUAAGAGUAUCUAUAAUGAAGAAGAAUUUACUCAUCAUAUUGUGGAUGGUCACAAUAAAAUGACUUUGAAGAUAUUUAUAAGUCUUCCUGAAAACUAUUUUUUUACUUACAAUGAGCAAGAGGAUAGCAAUAAAGUACAAUCAAUAAAAAUUUCCCACUUACCUCCUCUAACUCUGCAUAUCAUGUUGCCAAAGGAUUAUCCAUCUGUGUCUCCGCCAAAAUAUGUUUUAAGAUCUUCUUGGUUAAAAAAAAAUUUGAUGUUAAAACUUUGUAAAAAAUUGAAUCGUUUGUGGAGGGUUAAUGUGGGCCAAGAAAUUAUAUUCACUUGGAUUAAUUUUCUUCAAACAGAGACUCUUCAAUUUUUACACAUUGAAGAGAGUGUUGAUAUAGAUUGUGCUUACAAACUUUAUAAUAAAUCUUUAGGAAAUGCACAAAAAAGCAGUGAUGUGAAUAAUACUCAAAGUGCCAAAGAAGACUGCAAAAAUAGUGAAUUAAACAUUAACAGGAUUAAUGAAAAACCUGUUGAUCCGUUGAGGAAAGGGAAAAAGCUGUCUUCUAAAAAUAGACCUAGAAAAUCAAAUAAAUAUAAGGAUCUUUGGUUUCGACUUUAUUUGGAUAUUACUCCUGGAAUAAAUCCAGUUAAAAUGCUCAUAGAUUAUAACAGAAUACGUAAUGAAAUUGAAUUUCGGAAGAGUUUUUUCUCAUGUAAAAUUUGUUUUACUGAUAAAUCUGGAGAAUAUUGUGAACAGUUUAAACCAUGUGAACAUAUUUUUUGUAAAGAAUGCAUUAAGAACUACUUUGUGUCUAAAAUUCAAGAAGGAGAUGUUCAAGAUAUUAGAUGCCCAAAUGAAGAUUGUUCAUCUAAAGCUUCACCUCAUCAGAUAAAAGAUCUUGUGGAACCUGAAUUUUUUUCUAAGUAUGAUACAAUUCUUUUGAACAACACCCUUGACACAAUGAGUGAUAUCAUUUACUGUCCCAGAAAAAUCUGCCAGUACCCGGUUAGUCGAGAGCAGAAUGAAAUUAUGGCUAAAUGUCCUGUUUGCGAAUACACUUUUUGUAUUCUUUGCAAAGCUCUGUAUCAUGGAGUUGAGCCUUGUAAAGUAGAUUCAGAUACAAGGAAAAAUUUGGUUGAAGAAUAUCAAAAAGCAUCGGUUAGUAGGAAAAUUGAAUUAGAACAAAGAUAUGGCAAGAAACAAUUGCAAACGUGUGUGGAAAAUGUCAUGUCUGAAUCGUGGAUUGAGAAAAAUAGUCAAAACUGCCCAAAGUGCAAUUGUGCUAUUGAGAAAUCUGAUGGAUGCAAUAAAAUGACGUGUUGGAAAUGCAACACGUACUUCUGUUGGAUAUGCAAAGUCAGGAUACUAAGCAAAGAUCCUUACGAUCAUUAUAAUAAUCCGCAAUCUGAGUGUUACAAAAAAUUAUACGCAGGAUUGUAUGUUGACGAGGAUGAUGAUGUAAAUGAUGAAGAGGAUGAUAGUGGUGGUGAAGAAUUGUAUUGGCCCACUGAUGAUGAGGAGGAUGACCUGCAUGAGUUCUAUCAAAUAUGAUCCAAAACGAAUCUUUCAAAAAAUUCUACCUAAUCAAAAUCAAAAAGAGAUUGCUAAAAAUAGCAAUAUUGUCAGACAAUAAAAAUUCGAGAAGUGUAAAAAAUAGAAUAUGCUCUUGGUUUCAAGUCACGCAAGUCAUUUAAG